AAAACCUUCCAACACAAGAAGAAAGUGACUCACGAACUCAUCCUUUAUGAUCCGCCAGAACCCAGAUAUCAUCACAUUUCGUCCUUAGAUUCCGCUUCCUCUAUCUGGGUUCUUCUUAGAUUUCUCUUAUAAGGAAAGUCGUUUCUUCUUUGGAAACCUCGAAAGAAAAAGAAAAAGAAAAGUCAAAGCUUCAAAGGGUUUAUUUCUGUUUCUCUUCCUUGGGCUCUCUCUAAUGGCCAAUCUAUGAGAUGCUGAGAGUCUGAGACCUAUGGCGACAUCAAUUGCACCAGUUGAGAGUAUGGCAUCAUUGAGCACUGAUCUUUUCUAUGAUAUUUUAAGGCGUCUGGACGGACCGACUUUGGCUACUGCGGCAUGUGCUUGUGCAGCCUUUUGUUCCAUCUCAAGGGAAGAGAGAUUAUGGGUAAAUGUCUGUUCCACUAUGUGGCCUUCAACCAACAGGGAAGAUGUUAAAAAUCUAAUAACAUCUAUUGGUGGAUUCAGAAAGUUCUACGCGGACUGUUUUCCCCUUAUUAUAAACAAGGAAGUUUCUGAAUAUCAAUGGAAUGAGUAUAGUGAGUAUCCUGAAGAAUGGACCGAGGCUGAAUACUACGGUGACAUGGAUGAACUCGAAAGUAUUUCACCUUCAGACUUUGUUUCCAUAGUGGAUAUCAGGUAUAAAGAUAAAACAAUUUGCUCGAAAGUUCUUUGGGGCAUUCCAAAUGCGAAUAGCUUCAAUGGUUGGUUUUACAACUGCCCAUUCAGGAUUGAUCUUCUCACUUAUGCUUCUAGAGAUGAUGACGAUGAUGGUGAAAUCAUCCUUUCAGUUUCUGAUGGUUUGCCACCGAUUUUAUCUUUGGAGAGAGAAAGGAAAGAUGGAAAAUUAUGGCGAGAGCUUCGUGAUGGACUCCAACUUAGUUGGAUUGUUGUGAACAAAAAAAUAAAGCAAGCUGCUAAUCUUGCUAGUUGGAGCGCUCUCGGUGGGCAAAGGCAUUGGCCGACGGACAGAGAUUUUGUGAUACGGUUUGGGUCCAUACUUCCUGCAAAAGACAUUCUUCCAUGUCAAGUAGUCGAAUGCAUACUCAGUAUGAAGUUUCGCGUGAUCCACACGGAAGGAGAUGCUGUUCCAACAACUCUUAAGUUAACAGAGGUAAGCAUGCAGUUGGAAGACAUGGAAGGUUCUCAUGUCAACGGAAGAAACAGUUUGCUGAUUCUUAAGGAAGCACUAAGCUGCCGACGGAGCAAAAACUACAGUGAAGUUCUCGAGUCUUGUCAUCUGUACUCGAAAGUGCAGAGUGAGUUGAAAGAGGAGAAGAUGAGAAAUGAAAGCCGGCUAGAUAGACUCUGUAUCCUAAGCGGCAUUGCUGCUUUUGUAACGUUUUGUUACUAUGUUUUAUGAAAAAUGCCUCCUCCAUUUUGUAACAUGUUUGCCAAAACAGAUCUCACUCACUCUCCAUGUAUGUAAUCUCCUCAUAUGUACUCAAUUUUGGUUUAAUUGAUGGGCCACUUCUUCUACAUGCUUUGCUAAAACAACUUAUAGUUGUUUUAUUUCUACAAGGCAU